AUGUCUCAAACACUUAUCAACGCCAACCCAACUGUAUACAACCUUACAAAAGCUUCUCGUCGUGAGACUGCCGAUGAAUAUGACGACAACAUUGAAGACCCCAUUGAUGCUCAAGAAGUGUUUGAUCUCAUUCGAUCCAUUUCUGACCCUGAACAUCCCCUCACCUUAGAGCAACUCAAUGUGACUCAGCAUCAGCAUAUUCAUGUAGACGACAAUCGUAACAGUGUCCAAGUUGAAUUCACACCUACGAUUCCUCAUUGUUCAAUGGCAACACUUAUCGGUCUCUGUAUCAGAGUCAGACUACUCCGCAGUCUACCUGAACGCUUCAAGGUUGAUAUUAGAGUACGUCAAGGAACCCACCAAUCUGAAACAGCUGUCAACAAACAAUUGAAUGACAAAGAGCGAGUUGCGGCUGCAUUGGAGAAUGGUCAUUUGUUGGAGGUAGUAAACCAAUGCCUAGCUACAGCUAACCUGCGUGGCCAUGAAGUUGCUAGCCAUUAG